UGUUUAUGGAAGAGAAUCUGAGGAUUUUAAACAAUUUCUGAACGAGUGUCCUUUUCCACAAUAUUGCAAAAGUAAACUUAUGGCUGAGGAAUUUUUGAGAAACAAUUUAGACAAUAAAUUUUCUGUUGUUAUUGCACGUGUUGGUCCAGUAUAUGGUGAAGGUGACCGGCGCUCAUUGGUCUGUGAUACUCUUUUGGUUAAUAAAUAUUUUGGAUAUGUUCCCCGAAUUGGAAAUCAUAAGGAUAUGGGUGUACUUCAAUUUACAUAUGCUGGAAAUGUUGCAUUUUCUCUACUUUCGUGUGGCCAAAAGUUAAUGGAUUCUGAAAACAAAAAUUCUUGUGAGACAGUUUUAAUUUGUGAUGACACCCCUUUACAUGACUUUUAUUCUUUAAUUCUGGAUGGAAUGUUGGAUUCAAAAGAGGUUGAUAUUGGACACGAGGAAAUUACAAAGAGGUUAAUUUAA